UACGGAGAGAGAAAGAAAGAAAGAAAAAACACAAUUUGUUUUAAAUUUGUUCCAAUUUGUAAUAAAUUGUUCAAUAAUGCGGAAUGUUUUUUAAAGGGUGACUAAACACCUGCUCAGAGUCUGACUCCACCCACUAGAAAUAUUUGAAAAUGCAGGAAAAGUGGGCAGACCCCGGCGGGGAUAGAGGGAACGAACCGAGUGCGGGGCGGGGCACCUGAGACUCGUAGUGACGGAUUAAUUGACAGCUGCUGUCAGACUCUAUGUUAUUAUUAUUAUUCCUCACACGGUCGCAAGACGACAUGUACAUGAAUCUGGCGUGGUGAGCUGGAACCUGCUUACGUCAGCUGUCACCGCUUACGUCACGAAGUACCACAACAGCCAAUAGGAAAAUUCAACUGCAGUAUCCACCGUUCAACCUGAAGAGGGCAGCACUCAGACGUUUUUACACCAUAUAUUGUAGAAUUAAAACACUUUAUACACAAAUGUAAAAAAAAAUUACUUGAAUCAAUGACCAGUACUAAUAAAGCCCCAUGCUUACAGAUCAUUAACUAAAAAAAGUUGGUUUAGGGUUUAGUUACCCUUUAAGCUUUUUUAAUUGAAGAUUUUUUAAAGCGAUGAAGAUGGUAGCCAUAAAUCUAAAGCAAAUACUUUACAGUUAGGUUUAAAUUUAAGGAAUCUGGCUUUGUGAAUGUGGUAUAUCAACUGGUUUCUCUUUUGCUUUAACUGUAAAUAACAACAUCAAUAAGGUCAAGCAACAAAAGGUGCAUUCACCAAACAAGGAGGUUCUGAUAAGUAGACUUAUGGUCAGUGCUUCAGUUCUGAUGAUGCACAUAAAAUGUGAAUCAUUCAUUUAUAGUACAUUCACAAAAGUUGACAAGGCACCCUUAUGUAUCCGUUUUCGUCUCCAGUCAAGACUCACUUUAACGUAGCUCUUGGGCUUCUGUGCUGACCAAAGGUUUCAUGCAGUUACAUCACACAGUGCCAAAAGGAAUCCUUGACCUUAUUGAGGCUUCACAGAAACUGGGCUCCCAAAAGAAGCAGGUGUAUGAUAUCACCAACAUGCUAAAUAGCAUCCAUCUAAUCAAAAAGACAUCCAAAAACAAGAUCCAAUGGGUGAGUCCAUCACCAAUUAGCAACUCUGGAAGCCAGUUGACCACCAAGACAAAAGCUGACAUACUUCAUCUGAAAUCAACUGAGGAGGCCCUUGUCAUCAAAGCCUGCGCCCAACAGCUCUUUGCCCCGGCUGACCUCAAAGACAAUGCUGAUUCAGCUUAUGUCACAUACGAGGACAUCUGUCAGUUUGGAGUCAUCAAGUAUCAGACUAUUAUAGCCAUCAGGGCCCCUGACGAGACCAAGCUAGUGGUGCCCACUCAGAGACAUGAACUCAUCAAGGUCCACUUGAAGGGUUGCCGGGGCCCCAUCCAUAUACUGACCUGUGAGACAGAGGGGCUUAGUGAUUCUGUGAAUCCAGCAAACGCAGAAUCAAAACUUGUCAGACCUGGCUGCUUUCUAAUGCUAGAGGAGGGCCGUAUAGACACAAAACCACUUAUAUCAGAUGUUUCAAGCACUGUAGCAGCUGUACAUAGUGCAUAAGGACAGAAGCUAUACAUGGAGAGCCUUUGUUUCUUUGAGACAAAUUAUCCCAUCUCAACAGACUUUGCUGGCCUGGAGAGCCCAUCGUCCACAUUCACUCUCCAAAGCAUUAAGUUUAAAGGAAUAUUCCAGGUUCAAUAGAAGUAGAGCGAGAUCGACAGCAUUUGUGGUGUAACAUUGAUUAUUAUCAUAAAAAUGUAUUUCUACUUGUUCUUCCUUUUACAGUGAAGUUUACAGGGGUUACAGUGAAAAUCUGGGUUACAGUGAGGCACUAACAGUGAAAGUGAAUGAAGCUAAUCCAUAAACGUUAAAAUACUCACUGUUUCAAAAGUAUAGUUAAAAGAUGUAAACAGUAUGCGUGUAAGAAUGAUUUAGUGCAAUAACAUUGCUUACAAAGAACUAGUGUUGUUUGGUGCAAAAAACAAUGCAAAUUCUCUCGUAAGACACAAUUCACACUGCCUUUGUAAUGGAAGAAUGCGAUAUUCAUGAAAACAUCCUAUUGUGUUCCGAAUAAGAAAAAGUCAUACAAGUUUGAAACGAUAUAAGGAUGUGUAAAUUAAAUUCAUUAAAUUAA